AGCAAACAGCAGUUCCACAAGCGGCUCCCCCAGAGUUAAUCCCCAGAAGAUCACAGCGACACAACCAUGUGCAAGGCAGUUGUCUCCAUCAGCUCGGUGCUCCUAGUGCUUCUCCUGGCCUGCAACUCCUCGCUGGCCCAGUUGCCGUACUCGGAUUACAGGCUGUGCAGCGAGAAGCUCAACGACAUGAUGAUGAUGGUGUGCCAAGAGUUCAAUAGCAUAAUGCCCCAGAAGCGAGGCAUGAUUGCCAGCGAACUGGACCCGCUCGAUCCCAUUCAGUAUGUGGAGGCCAAGGAGGAAGCGGAGCAGCUGACCAGUCCGCUCCUGCGCGGUCGCUUCUACGGAGGCGAAGUUCCAGUCCUCAACUCCUUGGCUUCCAUACGGCGACGCACGCGGGAGGGCAUCGUGGACAGGUGCUGCAAGCACACCUGUCCCUACCCCGUCCUCAUGGAGUACUGUUCCGUGGCGGCCAGUCCGUAAAUUUCCCACGGAUCCCGAACACUCACUCAACUCUCAGGACUCAGGACCCAUUUGUUUAACUCUGGAAUUGGUUAAAAGCUAGAAGACACGAAGGAUGAUGAUGAUUUUAUAUAAAGUAGCUUGUUGCAUGUUAAAUAGAUCUACAUAGAUCUAUAUAGAUUAAAUAUAUCCUGCUUUGAACGUUAGCAAACCAUA